UCGAACCCUGCGGGCCCCAAACUCUGCCCUCGCUCCUCUGACACUCCUAGACCCAGAACCGCGGGUUAAAGGCUGGCCCCCUUUCCAGUCCCGGGAGGCCGCCGCGCCAGCCGCGCCGAGCGAACCCCUGCCCGGCCCCAGCACGUCCGGGGCUGCGCCCGGACCCCGGGACCCGGGUCCCCACUCCAGUGCUUGCCGUGUAUCGGCGGCCGCCACCGGGGAGAGGAGGCGGCCCCCGCCCGCUCACGCUCGCGUGGUGCCGGCUGGCCCGAAGGAUGGUUUCCAUGGGGAAGUGAACCAGGACUUCCCUUGCAGGCCCCGCCUCAAAGCCAGACGUAGUGGGGAGGUGGCCUCCCUGCCUCCCCCCAAAAAACUUCCCAGUGAUUUCCUCCUGCUAGGAAGGAGCUACAGUCAGCGGCUGUCACGUUUUCUGCAGAUCUUACCUCCUCUCUUACUCUCUCCAGGGACCAUGACCUUGGGCCCCCCCAGAAGGGGCUUUCUGAUGCUGCUGAUGGCUUUAGGCCUAACCCAGGGUGACCCUGUGAAGCCCUCUCGGGGCCCGCUGGUGACCUGCACAUGCAAGAACCCACACUGCAGUGGGCCUACCUGCGAGGGGGCCUGGUGCACAGUAGUGCUGGUCCGUGAGCAGGGCAGGCACCCCCAGGAACAUCGAGGCUGUGGGAACCUGCACCAGGAGCUCUGCAGGGGACGCCCCACUGACUUUGUCAAUCAUUACUGCUGCUUCAGCCCCUUCUGUAACCGCAAUGUGUCCCUGGUGCUGAAUGCCACUAAACCUCCUCCGGAGCAGCCUGGAAUAGAUGGUCAGCUUCCUCUGAUCCUGGGCCCCGUGCUGGCCUUGCUGGUCCUGGUGGCCUUGGGUGCUCUGGGCCUGUGGCAUAUCCGGCAGAGGCAAGAGAAACAGCGGGGCCUGCACAGCGACCUGGGCGAGUCCAGUCUCAUCCUGAAGGCAUCCGAGCAGGGAGAUAGCAUGUUGGGGGACUUCCUGGACAGUGAUUGUACUACCGGCAGUGGCUCUGGGCUCCCCUUUCUGGUGCAGAGGACCGUGGCACGACAGGUUGCCCUGGUGGAGUGUGUGGGAAAGGGACGCUAUGGUGAGGUGUGGCGAGGCUUGUGGCAUGGUGAGAGCGUCGCAGUCAAGAUUUUCUCCUCAAGGGAUGAACAGUCCUGGUUUCGGGAGACAGAAAUCUACAACACUGUGUUGCUCAGACACGACAACAUCCUAGGCUUCAUCGCCUCGGACAUGACUUCCCGCAAUUCAAGCACGCAGCUGUGGCUCAUCACGCACUACCAUGAGCACGGCUCCCUCUAUGACUUUCUGCAGAGGCAAACGCUGGAGCCCCAGCUGGCCCUGAAGUUAGCUGUGUCCGCGGCCUGCGGCCUGGCCCACCUGCAUGUGGAAAUCUUUGGCACGCAGGGUAAACCAGCCAUCGCCCACCGUGACCUCAAGAGUCGCAACGUGCUGGUCAAGAGCAACUUGCAAUGCUGCAUUGCCGACCUGGGCCUGGCUGUGAUGCAUUCCCAGGGCAGCGACUACCUGGACAUCGGCAAUAACCCAAGAGUGGGCACCAAGCGGUACAUGGCACCCGAGGUGCUGGAUGAGCAGAUCCGCACUGACUGCUUCGAGUCCUACAAGUGGACUGACAUCUGGGCCUUUGGUCUAGUGCUGUGGGAAAUUGCUCGACGAACCAUUGUCAAUGGCAUUGUGGAGGACUACAGGCCACCCUUCUAUGAUGUGGUGCCCAAUGACCCCAGCUUUGAAGACAUGAAGAAGGUGGUGUGUGUUGAUCAGCAAACCCCCACCAUCCCCAACCGGCUGGCUGCAGACCCGGUCCUCUCGGGCCUGGCUCAGAUGAUGCGGGAGUGCUGGUACCCCACGCCCUCCGCCCGCCUCACCGCGCUGCGCAUCAAGAAGACACUACAGAAACUCAGCCAUGGUCCAGAGAAGCCCAAAGUGAUUCACUAACCCAGGGUCGCUGGACUCGCUCUGCCUGCAGUGUGGGGUGGCAGGGGAUUGUGGCCCAUCUGGGCAGAGGUAGUGUGUGUGUGUGUGUGUGUGUGUGUGUGUGUGUGUGUUUGUGUUUGCGUGCGUGUGUGCAUGCGCUGGGGAGGGGUGCCCCCUCUAGGGCAGCUGUGCCUUCCCAGCUUGGCCCCCAGCCCAUCCAGUCAAAAAUACAGCUGGGCUGAAAUCUGAUCCCGCGCCGUCUGGCCUGCUCAAAGUGGCCGGCUCCCUGACGCCUGGCUCUCUCCCCAUUCCACCCCCCAUGCCAGGAGGGUGUACCCCCUACCACUCCCAGGGCAGGGAUGCAGAAGAGGACAGCCUCGCCAGGGAAUCCCAGUCCCGGGCCCAGAGCCUGGGCCUAUAUUUCCCCUGCCCUUGAUCAACCUCACUGCCCCACCAGAGCUGCCAGGGUGGCACAGGGCCCUGUCCAGCCUUCAGCAGAUGCUCUACCCCGCCAGGCCUCAGCCUGUGACACAAAUUCCAAAUACCCAGGUUCCUCAGUUGCCCUCUAUAGGUUUACAUCGCAAUAGCAUGACACCUUGGACUUUAUGUCUCACCCACAAGGCCCCAGCUAGCUGAAUGCCAGCUGUCUGGAGGAGCUGGGCUGAUCCUGCCACUCCGUGACCCCUGGCUGUCCUAGCUGACUUGUUAGGGCAUUAAAAUUCAAGGGGUCCUGCUGAGGUAUGACAGGAGCAUAUGGAAGUGGAGAGGUGUCAGGUCAGAUGGGUAAGGCCCAGGACUUAGGAUAAUUGAGAGGAUGUUGAGCUAUGUGUGGCAGGGGGUGGGAAGGAAGGUUCCAGUGGGAGUCCAGAGACCCAAGUUGGGUCCUAGGUACUUGCUCCAUGUCACCAGAUUGGACCUUUACUGCCUUAGGACGUUUGUUUCUUCAUCAAUAUACUGAAAGAUUUGGUCCUGAUGUCCUUUGAGGUUUCUUUAGCUCUGAUUUUCUUUUAAUGUCAGCCUAUGUGAAACCUAAGCUCAUCAGUCUUUCCUGUCCCUAUGCUGGCAAUUUGCCUCAAGAUGGGAAUGUGAAAAUGACUGCUUCAGAGUCUAGGAGGGUCUGAAGGGCCUCCUGGUCUAAUUCUGCAAGCUCCAAUUCUUGCCUUAAGCCAUGCUAGUGACCAUCCUUGGGUUCAGACAGCCCUGGGCCUUCUGGUUGCUAAGCCAGCCUCCCGUCCACCCUGCGACUUGGUCAUCUCUGCCUCAGGGCUGAGGGACAGCUUCCUGUGUGACCUGCAAGAUGCAAAAGAAAUAUGGCUCUAGCCAAGAAGACUCCAGCACCCAGGUUCUGCUCCAUACUGGCCCAGUCCCAUAUCCUUGGCCCAGAGGAUCUUGGUGACACUAGAAAAACACACAGAAAGUUCAGCAUUUGGAAAUGUCAAGGUGUAUGUCUGGGUGCUGAGCAGAUGACCCUGGAGCCUGGGUGGGUAGAUGGUGUGGAGGGAGAUAGUUGGAGGCUGAACUUCAGGGGAUAUUGUAUGUGGGGUCUCAGGCUGAGGACAAGGGCAGCCCUCAGCUUAAGAAGACCUGGCCUAGCAGUCCUCAGCCCUUGGGGAAGGAAGCUCUCGCUCUCCCUAGCCUAGAUGAACCACUGGGGUGUGUCUUCCUCCACUCCGUGGCAGAGGUUUCCCAGGCGGCUCUCCCAGCAUUGUGCAAGGCAGGGAGAAGAACCAGGAAGUGAAACUGGCUGAAAAUGAAAGCAGCAGCAUCCUGAAAUACGAGGGCAGAGUUCGCAGCUUCUCUGGUCACUGGAACCCACCUAGUCCGGGACAGGCUCCCACCUGGAAGAUUUUAUGUCCACUAAAUUUGUUAAACUCUUCCUGAAACUCCACAAUCAGAAACCAAAGACAGUAGCUCCCCAAAACUUGGAAAAACCCUAAAUGGCAAAGGCCUGAGGGAGGAGGUACUGAGUGACAGGGGAGAGUGGAGGGAGGGAGGGGUCACACUGGAAAAUAGUCUACAAAUGCUUCUGAGUGGAGGAGAUGGUCCCGGUGGGAAUCAUACUUUUUUUUUUUUUUUAACCUGGAGAUACUGUUUGUGGGAGCAUUUAGCUUGUGCCUAGUGCAUAGUAG